AUUUAAGAUUACUUUAAAAUUUUGAUUACAUAAAAGUGAAACUCGUGAAUGGAUAAUGCUUCAAGAUACCGACUCUCUUGAAAUAUACUCCUUUGUACAAUUUUGCAGAAUUGUGCUCCAAAUCGAUAGAGGCGAAGAUGGAAGGGAUAGAGCACAAGAUGAUAAGCGUCAAUGGCAUCGAUAUGCACGUUGCAGAGAUGGGUCAAGGUCCAAUUGUACUUCUAAUCCACGGUUUCCCUGAGCUCUGGUACUCUUGGCGCCACCAGAUCAUCUACCUCGCCGCCCACGGGUACCGUGCAGUCGCCCCUGACCUCCGUGGCUACGGAGACACCACCGGUGCACCUAUCGACGAUCCUACCAAGUUCACUACACUUCACGUUGUCGGCGACAUGGUCGCACUCAUCGACGCUCUUGGUGCAGAUAAGGUGUUUGUUGUUGGGCAUGACUGGGGCGCCAUGAUUGCUUGGCGCCUGUGUUUGUUUAGACCUGACAAAGUUAAAGCCUUAGUCAAUUUGAGCGUUCACUUUAGCCCGAGAAACCCUAAACGGAAAACGGUAGAGAAUAUGCGUGCUGCAUACGGAGAUGAUCACUACAUUUGCAGAUUUCAGAAACCAGGGGAAAUUGAAGCUGUGUUGGCGAGUGUUGGAACCAAGAAAGUUGUGGAGAAAUUCUUGACACACCGUGAUAUCAAUCCAAUUUACUUCCCCAAAGGUAAGCCCUUUGGAGAUGCACACGAUACUCCUGUCAUGUUGCCAUCAUGGUUAUCCGAAGAAGAUAUUGAUUAUUACACCAAAAAGUUCGAGCAAACUGGUUUCACUGGAGGAAUAAACUACUACCGUUCUAUGGACCUAAACUGGGAACUGGAAGCGCCAUGGACAGAUGCUAAAGUAAGUGUACCAGUGAAAUUCAUUGUUGGGGAAUUAGAUUUGGUGUAUCAUAUCCCAGGCGUGAAGGAGUACAUAAAUGGUGGUGGAUUCAAGAAAUAUGUGCCUUUGUUGGAUGAAGUUGUGGUGAUCCAAGGUGCAGCUCAUUUCAUCACUCAAGAAACACCAGACAAGGUCAACAAACACAUUUAUGACUUCCUCCAGAAGUUCUAACAUCCCUUAAUGUUAUGAUUUGGGCGAGAUUCCAUGGACAAGUGUAGAAUGAAAGGAAAACGCCAAGGAUAUCAUUGAUCCAUUGACCAUAGCUAUGAAGGAACGGAGAAAAAGAUGUAUAUAUAUGUUUGUUGCUAAAGAUGAAAAAUAUAUAAAAUAA